GCGCGGCGCAGCCAUGCUGCUCUGGCUCUGGCUCUGGCUCUGCGUCUGCUGCUGGCCGGCCCGCGGAUUACGCAUCCAUGAGUAUUUGUACUUCCAAGUGCUGAGCCCCGGAGACAUCCGCUACAUCUUCACUGCCACCCCAGCCAAGGAUUUCGGUGGCGUGUUUAACACGAGGUACGACCAGAUCCACCUGGUGCCGGCGGAUCCCCCGGAGGCCUGUGGAGAGCUGAACAAUGGGGUCUUCAUCCAGGACCAGAUCGCCUUGGUGGAGAGGGGGGGCUGCUCGUUCCUGUCCAAGACACGAGUGAUCCAGGAGCACGGCGGGCGGGCCGUCAUCAUCGCUGACAACGCCUAUGACAACGACAGCUUCUACAUCGAGAUGAUCCAGGACAGCUCCCGGCGCACGGCCGACAUCCCCGCGCUCUUCCUGCUGGGCAGGGACGGGUACAUGAUCAGGCGCUCCCUGGAGCAGCACGGGCUCCCCUGGGCCGUCAUCUCCAUUCCUGUCAACGUCACCAGCAUUCCCACCUACGAGAUGAUGCAGCCCCCCUGGACCUUCUGGUAGCAGCUAAAGGCUGUGGUGGAUCGAGGACUUCCUGGUGCACCCCAGGAUCUUGCCCUAAGGACCAGGUUUGAGGAAAGGAUCCCAACAUGCUCCAGAGAUCCCGCUGGAUUCGGCCACAGGGAGAUCUUUCUGCUGGCACCGGUGCGUGGCCAAGGGCAAACACCAGUGCCAGGGGGAACCUUGAGCCAGGCACCGAGCUGUGACUGUGUGGGAGGGAGGUGAGGGCCCAGAGCAGGCCAGCACUUCCCUGGAAACAUUUGACAUUGUGCUGCUGAUUUGGAGGGAUGCAGGACUGGCAGGGAUGGGGGCAGAGCGAUACAGGCUUGGUCUGUACCAGCACGGCUCACCUGAUGUCUGUACGUUUUUGUCUGAGCUAAUGAAGUCUGAGUAAGUUUUAGAGAAA